GAAGUGAACCAGACCUCCUCUCUCCUCCUUCAUGAUCAGAGUCAAACUUCUUGUUAACACAGAAGACAUCAGUGGACGUCACACUGAACCCUUCACUCCCACAGUAACGUGUCCAUCUGCAGAAGACGUAUGAAACAAAUGAAUGGAUGUUGAAUAUCAGUAGAGUCACAGACCUGAUAUCAUCUGCAUUCACCAGACCAACUGAUGGACCCUGAAGCCAACAGAAUGAUGGAGAUGGUGGCACUGGGCCGACCAUUCGGCCUCGGGAUGCUUUAUGACUGCCGCAGAGACUCACUCAUCCCUGGAAUGACUCUGUGGGACCAGAAUGACCUGGAGAAAGACACAAGGGAAAGACCCAGCCCUAACAGUGACUUUGAGAUAGUUGCAUCUGAGUCUUUUGAGGGUAAAUUAUCAACAUUAAAUGUUAAAGCAUCUCUGAAAGCAAGUUUCUGUAGUGGUUUGGUAGAGGUUGGAGGAUCAGCCAAAUACCUGAAUAAUCAGAAGACCUCUAAAAAACAGGCCAGAGUGACACUGAAGUACAAAACUACCACAAAGUUCCAGGAAUUGUCAAUGAAUCAUCUUGGAAGAGGAAAUGUGAAACAUCCAUACGUUUUUGAACAAGGUUUAGCGACUCAUAUAGUCACAGGUAUUCUUUAUGGGGCACAAGCCUUCUUUGUGUUUGACCGUGAGGUUUCUGAAAAUGAAAAUCAUCAAGACGUUCAGGGCAACUUGAAAGUGAUGAUCAACAAGAUACCCACCAUUUCUAUAGAGGUUCAAGGUUCCCUGAAAAUGGAAGAUAAGGACAAAGCUAAUGUUGAGAAAUUCUCGUGCAAAUUUCUUGGAGACUUUUCUCUAACAAAAAAUCCAGUGUCCUAUUUGGAUGCUGUUGAGGUCUACCAAAGCCUGCCAAAACUACUGGGAACUGAUGGAGAAAAUGCUGUACCAGUGAAGGUCUGGCUGUUACCACUGACAACUUUAGAUUCUACUGCAGCUAAACUGGUCCGUCAGAUAAGUAUCGGAUUAGUUCAACAGGCAUGGAAACUCCUGGAGGACUUCAUGGAGCUGGAAAUCAGGUGCAAUGAUGCACUGAGUACCACCACUGCACAGCAGUUCCCACAAGUCUGUAAAAAGAUUAAAACAUUUAAAGAAAUGUGCUGUGAGUUCAAGCUGGAAUUCCAACAAACUUUGGCCAAGAAGCUUCCAUCGAUCCGAGGAGGAGGAGAAGAGGAGUCUGAGCUGGCAGACGUGCUGAAGAAGAAACUUGCUUCACCUUUCAACAUUGAAGCCCUGAAUGAGUGGAUGGACUGUAAAGAAAGAGAAAUCAGCAUCUUAAAAUCUUUCACCAACAAGAUGAAAAACACCAAGAUCGUUUCUUCCAAUAAUGUUCUACAGGAGGAAGUUCUUAGUGCAGAACAUGCUGUGUGUUUUGUCUUCACCUCCCUGGGAAGUCCUGAACCGUACCUCUCAGCUUUAUCAAACUACUUAAUGGGAUCAAACCAACCACACAUUUAUGAUAUAGAGAAGGAACAAUGGUUC